AUGACUCUGAGAAACAGCUCCUCAGCAACUGAGUUUAUCCUAGUGGGAUUAUCAGAACAGCCAGAGCUCCAGCUACCCCUCUUCCUCUUGUUCUUAGGGAUAUAUGUGUUUACUGUGGUGGGCAACAUGGGCUUGAUCACCUUAAUUGGGCUGAAUUCUAGCCUUCAUACUCCAAUGUACUUUUUCCUCUUCAAUUUGUCUUUUAUAGAUCUCUGUUAUGCCAGUGUGUUUACCCCUAAAAUGCUGAAUGGUUUUGUGUCAGAAAAUAUCAUCUCUUAUGUGGGAUGCAUAACUCAGCUAUUCUUCUUCUGUUUCUUUAUCAAUUCUGAAUGCUAUGUGUUGGUAUCAAUGGCCUAUGAUCGCUAUGUGGCUAUCUGCAACCCUCUGCUGUACACGGUCAACAUGUCCCCACAGGUUUGUUCUCUGCUGAUGUUUGGUUCAUACGUGAUAGGGUUUGCUGGAGCUAUGGCCCACACUGGAAGCAUAUUGAGACUGACGUUCUGUAAUUCCAACAUCAUCCACCAUUAUCUGUGUGAAGUUCUUCCUCUCUUGCAGCUCUCUUGCACCAGCACACAUGUCAAUGAGUUGCUGUUUUUUAUUAUUGUGGGAGUGGUCAUCACAAUAUCCAGCAUCAGCAUCUUCAUCUCUUAUGCAUUGAUUCUCUCUAAUAUCCUCCGUAUUCCUUCUGCUGAGGGCAGGUCCAAAGCCUUUAGCACAUGUGGCUCUCACAUUAUUGCUGUUGCUUUGUUUUUUGGGUCAGGGGCAUUCACCUAUUUAACAACCUCUUUUCCUGGAUUUAUGGACCAGGGUAAAUUUGCCUCAGUCUUUUAUACCAAUGUGGUUCCCAUGCUUAACCCUUUUAUCUACAGUUUGAGGAAUAAGGAUGUGAAACUUGCCCUGGGUAAAACCCUGAGAAGAGUGCUUCUCUGA